AUUAGCGUUUUGCAAAGCUUCUUUUUUCUAUCGUCUUUAAACGAGCAAAAUGCCACAGUUGCUAGUUUCGCGUGUAUUGGUUAAUGCCUAAAUAUCAUUUUGCGUGUAAAUCGGCUUCAAAUUAGACCAGCGGCAAUCGUAAUUUAUUUUCGUUAUGUUUUAACGAAAACUAUUCGGUGAUUUAUUGUUUUCACACUCUCAUGUGGAAUAAUAAUUGAUUCGAUCAAAUUUAGAAACAAAAUAAACAAAUGCCUGCCAGAAAAGGAUUAUUGGCCCCUCAGAAUACAUUUCUGGACACAAUCGCAACUCGUUUUGAUGGCACACACAGUAAUUUCGUGCUUGGAAACGCACAAGUACCUUCGCUUUAUCCAAUAGUAUAUUGCUCUGACGGUUUUUGUGAGCUAUCGGGUUUUGCUCGGGCGCAAAUUAUGCAGAAAGGUUGUGCUUGCAAGUUUCUGUACGGUCCAGAUACUAGCGAUGAACAUGUCACACAAAUUGAAAAAGCAUUGGAGUGCAAAGCAGAGCUUAAACUAGAGUUGAUAUUUUACAAAAAAAAUGGAUCUCCAUUUUGGUGUCUACUGGAUAUUGUACCCAUCAAAAAUGAAAAGAGGGAAGUGGUUUUAUUUUUGGCUUCACACAAAGACAUCACACAUACAAAAAUGGCGGAAAUGCAUGUUGGGAUGGACUACGAUCAAGAGGAAGCUGAACCAGAAGAACCAGAACCUACAAGUAAUGCGUAUGGAAGGCGGAGAAGUAGAGCAGUUCUUUACCAGCUAUCCGGUCAUUAUAAAAGUGAUAAACCAAAACCAAAGUUAAAAUUAAAUAAUACGCUUUUGCAGGGGUCGUCGGCGCCACUACCAGAAUACAAAACGUCUGCCUUGAAAAAGUCCCGGUGGGUAUUAUCGCAUUACGGAGUUUUCAAAACGUGCUGGGAUUGGCUGAUAUUGAUAGCCACAUUUUAUGUAGCCAUUGUUGUGCCAUACAAUGCUAGUUUCGUCAACACGGACAAACCAUCAAUGGUUAGCGAUGUGGUUGUAGAAUCACUUUUCAUUGUCGAUAUUCUAUUCAAUUUCCGAACGACGUUCGUGAACAAAAAGGGCGAAGUGGUGUCGGAUUCAAAAUCAAUCGCCUUCAAUUACUUGAAGAGCUGGUUUGUGGUAGAUUUAUUUGCCGCUCUGCCUUUCGACCUGUUGUACGCGUCCGACGUGUACAGUGGAGACGAAGCUGGUUCAGGUCAAGUUCACUUGUUGAAGUUAACUAGACUUCUGAGGUUAGCAAGACUUUUACAAAAAAUCGAUAGAUAUUCUCAAUAUGGUGCUAUGAUCCUUACACUAUUGAUGCUUUUAUUCACGUUGGUCGCCCAUUGGUUUGCAUGUAUUUGGUAUGUUAUCGCCGAAAGUGAACGGCGGCUUUACGGAGACAACUGGGACUUAGGAUGGUUACAUACGUUAGCCGAAAGACUUAAAGUUGAUGUGGAAAAUGUGUCACAUUCAGAAUCAUACAUAACAUCGCUGUAUUUUACAUGUUCAAGUUUGACCAGUGUCGGGUUUGGCAAUGUAUCUGCCACUACUAGUACAGAAAAAAUAUUUAGUAUAAUCACUAUGUUAAUAGGAGCACUUAUGCACGCUGUGGUUUUUGGUAACGUGACAGCUAUAAUCCAGCGUAUGUACUCAAGACGCUCCUUGUAUCAAAGUAAAUGGAGAGAUCUAAAGGAUUUUCUUACUUUGCACCAAGUACCAAGUGAACUUAAACAUAGGAUGCAAGACUAUUUUCAGACUAUGUGGUCACUUAAUCACGGAAUUGAUAUACACGAGUUUUUGUAUCAGACAUUAAAAGAAUUUCCGGAAGAACUCAGAGGUGAUGUUUCCAUGCACCUGCACAGGGAAAUUUUGCAGUUACCGAUUUUCGAAUCUGCCUCACAAGGGUGCUUAAAGCUAUUGUCGUUGCACAUACGAAGUAAUUUCUGCGCUCCAGGUGAAUAUCUAAUCCAUAAAGGAGACGCACUUACUUCAAUUUAUUACCUCUGCAACGGUUCCAUGGAAGUCGUCCAAAAUGGAAUGGUUGUAGCUAUAUUGGGUAAAGGUGAUUUAGUUGGGUGCGAUAUAAGUAUGUGGUUAGGACAAAGCAGCGGAUCUGGUAAUGCAAACGCUACUGCUGGCGGUGGAUCCAGUGGUGGUGGUACAUCUGGCGAUAUUGUUGUCAAGUCCAGCUGUGAUGUCAAAGCUCUAACUUACUGUGAUCUCAAGUGUAUUAAUGUACAGGGUCUCGUGGAAGUUUUGCGGUUGUAUCCAGAAUAUCAGCAAGAAUUUGCACAUGAUAUACAGCAUGAUUUGACGUAUAACAUACGUGAAGGAUACGAGGCUGAAGUAAUUAAACCUAACAAAGAAGUCGAUCAAAAUGGAUUACCAACGCUAACAUUACCAUCAAUAAGCGAAGACGAUGAAAAUUUGCCAGAAGAAAACGAUGGAUCGCCUAAAUCGCCUCCUUCAAGAUCACCAAUUCACUCGUCUUACAGUCCUAAUAGACAUAAUACCAACAAACUGUCGCAAACAAGGUACAUUACAAGGUCUAGAACUCUCCCGCGAAGUGAUGUCGAGCAUAGAAAAGUUAACGUUGAUAGACUAGACACACAAGUUACUUCAUUACAUUACCAUGUAGCUACUUUAAGUCAAGAAGUGAAGAAUGCUAUUCAAGCACUACAAGAGUUAGCUACUACAAGCACAAAUGCAUCCAGAUAUCCAUAUCCGGUUCCGGCUCGAUCUAACCCAGAUUUGCCGGAAAAUAACAAGCGUGCACAAACUGCUGUACUUCAACGUAGUUCUUCACAUCCUCCAGAAGUGUUUGGAUGGGAUGCUUCCGACGAUAGUCCAAGUCAUAGAUCUCAUGCUUUAAGUAUAGAUGUGGCUGUGCAAACUGACACUCCAAGUCUAUAUAUAUUAGAACAGUUUGUAAAAUCUCACAGGUCCCUGGUGUUAGAUUGGUUAAAUGAAGGCCAUGUUGCUGUGACUGUUUACGACGAAGAAACUAUUAAAGAUACUUCUAUUUGUCAUAAUGAAAGCCUAACUGUAUCUUCAACACCACCACUUCCACCUCCCUUACCUCCACCACCGCCAGAAAAUUUCAGUGAUCAAAAUAGUGAACAAGUGUUGACCUUUAAAAAUUGGAAUCGCAUGUCAGACCUUUGUACAGCCAACAAUUAUCACAGAAGUGCAUCCGAAGACGAUGGUUCUGAAUCGUUGGAGAUGACGAACGUGUCGUCUAGAACAUCUAAAAGCCUUAAAUUUCAUCCAUACGUUUAACAAGACUGAACCGCGUUUUAAAAUAAUUAAAUUCGUGACAUAUUUAGAUUACUUAUGAUAGUGACAAUGAUCAAAGAUUUAUUGGGUUUAAAUAUAAUACAUAUAGUAACUCUCAAAAGACACAAAGAAAAUUUGUUUGCUUAAAAUCUAAGAAUGGAUGAUACUGUCCAGUUUUGAUUAUACCUAUAUGAAACAAUAAAUGUGGUAAUAAAAAUAUUGACAUCAACAUUGAUUUUAGAAUUGUAAUUAUAAAUUUAAAAAGCAUAUUUCAUAAAAAUGUCAUUUCACGAGUAUAAAAAGAAUAUGUUGUAACACUUAAACUAAUACUUUGUUGUAACAGAUUGAACAAUGACAUACUCGCAUUCCUUCAUAAUAAUUCUAAAUUGAUAGAUUAUGUGCAAAAACAAGACAACUCUAUUUAAAAAAAUUUUCUGGUAUCUAAAAAUCUAAAAAUUCUAGACAUUUUUAACAUGUAUUUGUACCUACCAGACAAGAAAAACGUUAUGGUUUUCUAAUUAUUUUUUUUCUUGCAUAUAUAUAUAUAUAUAUAUCUCGUUUUAUUCUUAACUUAGAAAACCAUCGAAAUGUGAUUUUGAAAAAAAUGGAGUUAUUUUGUUGUUGAACAGAGCCCUUUAAUCAUUUUUGAUAGUAAUAAUAUUUAAGCGAUUCCUAAAUUUAGUCAAAUUUAUGCUAAUUUUAUAAGUCCAAUUGUGUUUAUAAAUAUAAAAAUUCAGAAAGAAAUUUAAAUUCAAUAUAAAAUAAAUUUCUUUAAAAACUGAAUGAACACUAAUACUAUUUAUAUACUCAAUAAUACUUG